GUCCCUAUAUAUCCACUCCAGGUCUUCAGUUCACCAGAUCAGGCGACCGACCGGCCGAUUCACCUUCCCGCAUACUCCCACCCACAGAUCGAGAAACAAGCACGACACGUGCGCACACAAUUAAUAUAUACACCUCGGAAGAGAUCCAGCUGAAGAAAAGGCAUGGGCUCGUGCGUCUCGCGCGCGCCGCCGGCGUCGGCGGGGUCAGUGGCCACAGCGGCGAAGGUGAUCGACAUCGACGGCUUCCUGGUGCAGAUCGCGGCGCCCGUCACGGCGAGCGAGGCUCUGGGCACGGCUGCCUCGGCGCGUUUCUUCCUCUGCAGCUCUGACGAACUCCGCUUCGACGCGCCCGCGCGCGCGCUGGCCGCCGACGAGCCGCUGCAGCCCGGGUGGCUCUACUUCGCGCUGCCGCUGCCCAUGCUCCGCCGCCCGCUCUCGGGGCAGGAGAUGGCCGCGCUCGCCGUCAAGGCCACCUCCGCCCUCGCCACAGCCACCGUCGCUUCCCCGCCGCGGCUGAGCAAGAGCGCGGUGGCCGACGGCGGCGGCAAGCGACGACGGAAGGCGGGUCGGGUGGCUCCGCUCGUCGUCGUGAGCAGCAGCAGCAGCAGCAGUUACGACGAAAAGGGCGAGAUUGUGGUGGGGAAGACGAGGAAGGGAGCUGGUUACAGAAGCGGCGCUCGUCGUCGAACAGCUGGCGUGCAAAGGCUAAGUGCCAUUCCGGAGGCGAGCGACUGUGAGUGACCUUCUUCCUCGACGUCGGCGGCCGGUUCUAGCGAAGAAGGCCUCCUGCUGCCAUAUGCGAAGUUGGUAACCACCAGUCACCACCAAGGUCGACAACACGCCACGGCCGAGCUAGCCCAUGGCACUUCAACCGAAAACAACGGUGUUAGCUCUUUGAAUUCGGUGGCGUUGCCUCUGAUCGAUAGGUCAUGGGCAGUGGUGCCGAUGCCCGAUGGGGUCGUCCAAGAGAAACAGUUGUAGAAGUUGAUUUUAGUUGCCGAAGAAUGGAAGAGAUCAAGAUACGGACGGGAAAGAAAUGUUGUUUCUGCGUCUCUCUUCUUGUUCCAUUUUCCGAGAUGUUGCUCCUCGACCGCGGCAGCCAGCAGCUGUGUGUAAUGAACAAAUUUUGUUUCUGUCCUGCCAUGCGAGGAAAGUUUAUACGGAGUAUUUGUAUUUUCAUUUUGAUUCUAUUUUGAAAAGUUUGUGUUAGAAUUGUGAUGCGGUACAUGAAAAAUGUA